GGAAGUCGGUGAUCGUGAGCCGGCAAGGGCUAUCAAAACAGAGCAACAUGUCUUUUAAAUGCAUCGAGUGUAACGAGAAAGCUUCUGAAUUAUACCGAGAUUACAGUAACGGCAUAGUGAAGAUUACAAUAUGUAGAUCAUGUGCAAAGCCUGUGGACAAGUACAUCGAAUACGAUCCUGUCAUUAUUCUCAUAGACGCCAUCUUGUGUAAAAUCCAGGCAUUCAGACACAUUCUGUUCAACACACAGAUCACCAUCCACUGGAAGCUGUGUGUUUUCUGCCUGUUGUGUGAGGCGUAUCUCAGAUGGUCUCGGCUCCAGAGUUCAGAGGUCACCAGUGAUCCCACUGACAUCAUCAGAUACGCGAAAGAAUGGGACUUUUAUGGGAUGUUUGCUUUGGCUGCUCUUGAGCUGGGUGUGUACUGUGCAGGUGUGUUAGCAGUGUUGUGGUCCGUACAGAAGCUCUAUAGCGUCUCUGUAGAUACGUCUGAUCUGCUGAAGGCUCUGCUGCUCUCCUGCUACGGCAAAGUGCUGCUGAUUCCCGCAGUGAUCUGGGAGCACGAUUACUCUCCGCUCUGCUUCACCCUCAUCCGAGUGUUCGUGCUCACGUCCAACGCACAGGCUGUACGGGUGAUCCUGAACUGCCGCAGACGUCUCUCCAUCUUUGCAGUGUGUGUGGGCCUGCUCUUAGAGAUGUGUGUGUCGCACGGUUUACACAAACUGCAGACGAGCUCACACACACUCCUGCCAGAGCUCUACACAUAAACACAAACACCCGUUACAAGCGUUCAACACACCACAGCGGCUGCUUUUCUCCUCUCCGUCUUCUCUCCGUCCACACGCAGGCUCAUGAGUGUGUAGGAUACAAUACAAUCCUGUCAGUGACGUGAAAACGUUCAUUUUUUCCUCUUACACACAAUGAGGAAGGAAGAGAAGAGCUCGAGUCGUCCCAGGAUCCCCUGUGUGUUUACACACAUUCCUGAGGCGGUUUGUCAAAUUCUUGCCAAUUAGCUUCACUGAGUGAGAGACGAUAAAAACAAAUCCACUGCAGCUGGUGUGUGUUAACACCACACACACACACACACACACACACACACACACAUGCGCGACUCAAUACACUCUUUUGUGCCUGGUGCUCUGAUAGUGAUUUCUGUAUAUUAAAUAAAAGCAAUAAAGAUAUGUUUACAGAUACACAGUGUACAGUACGAGUGUGUUACACACCUUUCUGGAAAGAUCCGUAAAUGUACAGUAAACUUAAUAUUCGUUCUUUAAACAACAACAACAAAAAAAAUCUAAUUUAAGUCGAUCAGGUAGGAUGUUUGGUUCUUUAAUAUUUUCCCUCAAGCUACGAGGCUAAUGUAGCUAACAAGCAAUAAAAGUAAUGGUCUCACAUAAAAAAAAAAAAAAAAAAUCUUUUUAAAUAUAGUACACCUUCACUGAAAACACAUCCAGUUCUUCAGUAAUGUGGUUUAACACAUGAGCAAAACGUGAUUGCAUAGCUGAAGGCUGCAGUUUUAUGUGGGCGGCCAUCUUGGAAAAAGAUGAAGAGAACUAGCCUGUCUGAAAGCGCAAAAAGAAAGAGGAAGCAGAACUGUAGUAAGUGGUGGAGAUAUUAUGAUAUUGUUAAUGUUGAAAACUUUUCGACCUUGUAGUACACACUUACAGAAGGGAUUUAUUUAAAAUCGGACUAUCCGGCGUCACCCAGACGAGGAGGCGUUCCCUUAGGAGUCUGGUUCCUCUCAAGAUUUCUUCCUCAUGUCGUCUCAGGGAGUUUUUCCUCACCACAGUCGGCUCUGGCUCGCUCAUUAGGGAUAAAUUCCUACACUUAAAAUUGAUAUCCUGAAUUUAUAUAUUUCUGUAAAGCUGCUUUGUGAUAAUGUUCACUGUUACAUGCGUAAUACAAAUAAAAUUCAAAUUCAAAAAAAGUGUUUCUCCAAAGUUCAACCUCCCUGUUAGAUUAAAGCAGAUUAUGCUAAUCUAGACUGAAGCGCAAGAUCGUAGCUAACUGCACUCUGAGUGACCUGCGAGCUCAAUUUAUCCGACGUGUUGUGAGAGACGUUGAGACUGGAGAAAGACGUCCAAAUGAAUAAAUAAAUAAAAUGUUAUUUACCUAAAACUGCCAGUAGUCCCAUCAUUUCUAGACAUGAAUCACUUAUUUAUAUUUAUCUGAUUUCGCUCUGGUCUAGGAGGAAUAAAACACUCAGUGUGUCAUGAUGUUACAGGAAAAUAAUCAAUGAUGGAAACGAUUUUUUUUACAAUAACAGCACGUCCUGAAGCGUUUUAAUCCUCUUCCACCACAGCAACUUUCCAACGAUUACAAAUUUUUAAUUAUUAAUAAAAUAAAUAAUAAUAAAACGACACAUCAUACUUUUUUUAUCCGUUUGUAGCUACACGUAAGGUUGUGCGAAACAGUCAUCACAUAGUCUAUGACACAGCUUGUCAUGUUAGCGAGAAACACAACACAAAGCAUAAACAAUUUCGUACGCUCUGACACUGGAGACUCCUUCCAUACACACCUUGUGACCAAUCAGAAUCAGGAAUACAACAAGACUGUGGUAUAAAUGGCUUUAAUAAUAAUAAUAAUAAUAAUAAUAAUAAUAAUAAUAAUAAUUACACAAGUAAAAAAAAAAAAAAAAAAGCAUAAAAAAAAACUUUCCACUAAACAUCCAGCAGUGAGGUCAUUCCGUAAGACGCACACGUGCGAGUUUUACUCUGGAUACGUGAUGUGUUUUAUUACAUUGAGGAAAAAAACAACAGAUGUAACUGAACUAGUGAAACACCACCGUACACACCAGCAAGCAACAGGAUUUCAAUACAGCGAGGCAAAAACACAUCGUACAACACAAUUCAACUGGUGAGGAGACAUUCGUUAGGAAUUUCGGAUUUUUAUUUUUUUUUUGGGGGGGGGGGGGAAUGUGUGAUUACUGACAUCAGAACUGAUUCUGCAAAUCCGAAAGCUUUAGCAGAAGAGCCUGGGAUUGAAACCAGGCCUGUAAAAGGCACUAAGUGACACACAAAGAUUGACGAAGUGCUACAUGAAACGUGAUUAAUACAUGAUACGUGUACAGAGUUCGCUCAGAACGCUCACGUUUAGGAUUCUAACACAAACGUACAGGAAAACACCGAGAACGACUGAAUGUGUGUAACAGUGAAAUAAGCUGUAACAUGUAUGUAACAAAUGAAAUAACCAGUCAGGCGUGUGCUGAGAACCGUUGUCAUGAUGAACUGCGAUAUUUCAUACGCGCGACACCGCUACUGUGAAAUAUCAUCACUAUUACCGUCCUAUCGCGAUGUUUUACAUCAAAAUUUAAAUCGUACUGUUUGCCUUCGAAUGCGAAUGAUGAUUUUAAUCUUCAUAUGUUAGUAUUCCAAGAUACAACUUACAAUCGAGGUUGAUUUCGAUGUUGACAAAAUGUUUCUUAAACUUUCCUGCCAAGCUGAGAGGCUCGUUUAUGUAUUAAAACAAUUUUUACUGCAUGACGUUAUGUAAAUGUCGGAGAAAUGUCAGACAAAAUAAAAAGUUUUCUUAAAAAUAAAUAUGAAAUAUUUCAUACACUGUAAGAAAAAAAUAUGCUAGCUUCUCAGCUUUUUUGUGAUCUUAUUUGUUAAUUUUUUUUUUCAAGCUUCUAUAGUGGAUAUGAUCGAAACACAUUGUAGCU